AGAAAACAAUACACUUCACUUUUUGAGGUGAAAAAAAAUAUAAAGGGGAAAUAUAGCCCCCCCCCCACCCCCCAACUAUAUGAAGACAAAAUAUGAGUAAAAUAAAACAUUGAAUCAAUAAAAUUGACAGUAGAAAAUUUGGGCUUAAAUUACUGGGGGGGGAAAAAAUGAUACACACAUAUAAAAUAUACCCCCCCCCCUCCAACAAAUAUCCGAAAAUAUCAGAAAAGAAUGCAGCAAGCCAAAAGACAAUCUAUGAAGCAUGGCUGGGUAUAUUUUUAGAUUUGAGAGUGAAUUUCGGGAUCUCCUGCUGCGAGGGAGGGCGGGCGCCGCUGAUGUGUCAGUCAAACGUUCGCUUGACACGUCUUGCAUUGGUGAACUUUUCCGAGUGUGUCAGCCGUGGGUGUGUUCAGUCCAGUAUGAUGAUGAUGAUGAUGAAGGUAUGAGGAUGCUUCCUCAUAAAAAGACGCCAGACGCCAGUGAGGAGCAACGUGAAGGACAGACGAAGCCAUGGCUCCCGCUCUCAAAAGACUGCUGCUGCACUCUGCGCUGCUGGUGACGCUGGUGGCGCUUCGAUGUCGCCCGGCGCUCCUCGCCGCCAUCUCUUGCCCAUACGCCUUCUCCAGACUCAAGCUGAUCACCCUCACGCUCAGCCUAGAAACGGAGCACCUGCUCGACGAAUAUAUGGCCUUUCAGGGGCUGAGUGGCGUGCCUUCCAAUGUCCCCGACUACACCGUGAGGGGCUCCAACUUCUCCGAGCAGCUUCAGGACAUCUACGCUCGCAACGUAUUGUUCAAACUGCAUAUCAAGAAGGUGACAGAAUACCAAAUUGAAGACUGGGGCAACCCGAUCAACGUGGCCGAGCCUCUGAACCAGGUCGCAUACAGCCUUUUCAGCCAAACCAAUAUGUUGGUGCUCUUGACCCAACGGCUCUACCCGGAGGUGGCGCUGACAACGGUAGAGCCUCCGCACCUGAGCCACAAUCACAGUUGGCCCAAAAAGUCCUACGGCUGGAACGUCAUCGUCGGCCUGAAAUACUGGCUCGCCGAGGUCAACAAGGUCCUGCAGGCGGCUCAGGAGCUGUGCGACAACCACGUCGACGAGGCUCCGGGUGGAUCAAGAACUCUUGGGGGCCAGGCCCCGAAAUCCAACUCCAGGAGGAAACUGUAUCAGAGCCGAUAACGUUUUUUCGCUGCUGAUUAUUGCGCUGUGCUUUACUGAAAACUUUCCGAGAGGAGAGUUCUGCUCUGCUCGUGGGACAAACAUUUUUUCACGCCAGAACUGAAACUAGGCACGAAUGGUUCUUCGGAGUUUUGUGGAAAAACUGCCCUUACAAUGUGGAGCUUUGACCAGAGUCCAUUUCCAGAAGGUGGCCAGAUACAAGAAGAGUUCUGCUCAGGUUGUGGGAAAAACUGGGAGCGUUUCAGGUGGCGCAAGAAUCCAAUGUUUACUUCUCUGGCCAGUUCGUGGGCAAGAAAUGAAAAGCUCCGAUCAAAGCUGCGGAUGGAUAAACCAAAACAAACCCAGAAGCUAACCGCUAGCUUCACCGUUGUCUGCUGACAGAUUUGAUACUUUUGAUAGAGGAUUUGAACUCAUUUUGCUGUCAACAAGUCUUCCUUGGUCCACGCCCCCCCCUACCCCCCCAAAGAGCGCACAGACAUGUGCCACGGUCCCAGAAUGCAGACCCAAAAGCUUCGUCGGGUCCCAAGCAAUCCGCCAUGCAUGUUGCACUUUCCUCUGAUGAGGUCACCGUUGUUCUUUAGUCACCGUUCAGUAUUAUGAUUAUUUAUAACUGGAAGUUUCUACUUAUGUUAUUGCUGUAUUUAUUGUUUUAAAUUAAAGUGCAAAGUUUAUAAAUAAAGUUUUUUUUCAG